UGGAUUGAACCAACUGUGCCGCAAUCCAACGACGACAUUCACAUGCAUCACCAAUAUGAAGAAUCGGAGGCUGACUGCGCCUCGAUUUGUGCCGUGAGGCUGCCAAGGUCAGCAGUAUUGUGUAAUGAUGGAGGGGGGCCAAGUUUGAAUGCUCGAGUGCUUGGAUUUCGAUAAGUUCUUGGACAUUGGAGCACGACCCCAACAUGACCCCAACAUGCUUCCGCCGAACCCAGGCAUGCCUACUACCUCUACUACCGUGUACUAGGUAUCACAACAUCAGGCGACAUUCCAUUGUCAGCGCCAAUUGAGUUUUCAUCAUGCCGGAGUUCAAUCACCCUGGAGUGUCCCAGAAUGUCUUCUUGGGCCUCAUCUGGGCAGCCGAAGGCCUAGCCCUUAUUUUCCUGUCCACCCGGCUCUACACUCGCAUACGUACCCAGCGCCGAAUCUUCUGGGAUGACGCCCUCGCCAUAUUCGCCACCAGUCUCACCGUCGUCGUCGCGGGACUCUGGCAAUGGCAGGCACCUGCCAUGUACGAGAUUCUCGAGGUCAUGGCCGGCCUCGCACCUCCCACUCCUGACUUCGCCGACAAGACGUUGCGGUGGUUGAAAGUGCAGCUCAUUGCCGAGCUCUUCUUCUACACCGGCCUGACUGCAGUCAAACUGGCCUUCUUGUUGUUCUUCAAGCGUCUCGGCCACAACGUGAACCGGUUCAACUGGUUUUGGUGGCCCGUCGUCAUCUUUGUCGUGGCCAUAUACGCCGUUUGUCUCGGUACCGUUGAAUAUCGUUGCUUGCUUCCGUCCAUCGAGGACGUUACGGGAUACUGUUCCUCUCCAGAGUUGGGCAACUUCACCGCUAUCACGUUGAAGUUCAACUGCGCGAUGGAUGUAUUCUCCGACUUUCUGAUCAUCCUCAUCCCCGUGUGGCUUUUGUGGAACGUACGAAUCGCGUUUGCCAAAAAGCUCGCCUUUGUCGGCCUGUUCUCGCUCUCGAUUGUCACCAUGGCCAUCGCCACCGCACGCGCGGCUGAUCUGGCUGCCACAACUUGGGAUAACGGUGUUAUUGAUCCGAGCUAUCUCUGGAUGUGGACUGCGAUCGAGCCAUGCAUUGCUAUUGCCGUCUCUUGUCUGUCAGCUUUCCCCCAACUGUUCGCGGCUUCCGUCAACGCCAGCAAGCCGGUCUACAAACCGACCGACUCAUAUCUACGCUUGAUGUCGCGCAUCCGAUCAAAGCGGAACCAGAACCAGCGCCGCGAGCCCACUACAUACGACAUUUCCAACAUCUCCCAGGUUGACUACAUCCGGGCCCCAGAGACCUCGUCCACGGAGCAGCUGCAACCAGCCCUCGUACCGGGGUCACACCAGCCGAUGACGGUCUGCUAUAAGACGUCUCACCGAGGGAACAGCGACGAGAUGCAAGGCCAGAUUAAGCGCGAGCUUGGGUAUCAGGUGACGGAGCAGUCGGCGUGGCGGUGAUUGGGUUGUCAAGAUGUAUGUAUCUAUAUAUUGCCUUUUAAUCAAGGCCAGGCGAUUCGACCGUCGAGACUUUUGCUAGUCUGCCGGCGAUGUAUUUAUUUAUCAAGAUGAUGUGCAUUCCAUGGU